UCUAAAUUUUUUUUUUGGCACAAGAAAUUUGAACGUAAAUCAUUUAGAGAAAGAUAUUAAAUUGAAAUUAACCAGAAGGACCAGAAGGUUGUACGUUCAAAAUUGCAAAACUUGCCUUGUUACUUCUUGGUGCCACUUUGUCAAAUUGGGCACAGUGUAAAUGACUAUUUUGUUCAUGAAUGUGUAAAACCCAGUGAGGUCGCACCGCCGUCGCAGAGUCGCAGGACCACCAGGCCCCGUCGAACGCCGCUCUAGACCGCGUCGAACAUCGCAGGUCCCCACCGGAGCCGUCGAAGGCAUUGCGGCAGGCCGCCGUCGUCGUCCCUUUGAGGCUUUGACCCAGUUUCAAAAGCCCUUAAAGUAUUUCUUCCCUUUCGUAAGACACUUCUCAGUUCUCUCUUUCUCCUCCUUCGCACAUUGCUUCUGACCCGUUUGCAACCGCCGGACGUUCACGCUGCACCACCGCUGCUGCUGUACGCCGCCGUCGCCGAUUGCGCCUCUGUUUUGCCUCUUUUGUGUGUUAGUGGUUUGUUCUUUGUUCUCUUCAAUCGGUUUGUUCUCACAGCCUUGAUCAAUGGAAGGCAAGACAAGGGGUUGUUCUUCAAGUGAAGAUAGUGAUGGUGAGAUCUAUUUGCAAAAUGCAAGUGAUGAAGAGGAGCUUGGCUCUUCAUCUGGUUCUAUGCCCAAGUUGCAGUUCAGGAACGUGAAAUCCAAAGGCUGUUGGAAUGAAGAAAUGGGAAUGGGAGAAGUCAUUGAGAAGAAUGGCAAAAUGUGGAUAACAACUGGAAUUGUUCGCAGUGGCAAGAUUUAUUCUUCAAUUGAAGAGACUUUGUAUCUUAUGGAACUAGGAGCCUUAGAUAUCGUAGAUAAUGAUGGUAGAAGCUUAUCUUUAACAGAAAUGUAUGAAAAGGUUGCUAGCGGGAAGAGUGGAUGUUGUUGGGAGCUGUUUGAGGUUUACAGGCACCUCAAGUCUCUUGGCUACAUUAUUGGCCGGCAUGGUGUUGCUUGGAGUUUGAAGAGUAUUAAAAGUUCCCAUAAAGCUGCUGCUGUUGAAGUCACAGAAGAAAGCAAACAACUAGAAGACACUGAUUCUAAAUCAGAGCUUUCCAUCAAUAAGUUAUGGGUCUUGCUAACCAGUGCUCUUAGGACAUUGGUUAAGAAACUAAAAGGAGAAAGUAUUUAUGUAGAAAUCAUAGGAGAGCGUAAAAAAAGUCAUGAACAAUGCAAUUUUGUGCAUUCCAAUAAAAACAUUUCUCCUUUUAGUUUUCUAGCCAAUGCGGUACAGGCACUAGUUAGCACAUGCCAUAAGUUAUUUGGAGAGUUGCAGGUAAAUGAUUUGAGGCCAGACUUUGAUGUUUAUCUUCCAAACAGCAGGUUUAGAAAGUCUUCUCCCGGUGAUCCAAGUUUUCUACUGUACUUAUCUAGGGUUCAAAAUCCACCAUCUAGAGCAGAGAUUGAAGCCCUUGAGAAACAAUGUGGUGGCAUCCCUUUGAAAAUCUGCCUGGUCACAGAGGGAAGGGUCAGUUUCUUUUCCUUUGACAAGGUGGAACUUCCUGUUAUACCCUGAACUUUUGGUACCAAGUCUACCUUUCCACUCUCGGCAGGGGGCAAUGAAAACCAAGGAUUGUAACAAGAGAAUAAUGAGUAGUUGUAAACUUGUAGCUUGUAGGAUCCAAUGAUGUGCAAGAAAGCUGCAGAAGCUGUGGUAAAGUGAUCAAGCAAAUGGGCUCAACUUCUAAAAUUCGAUUCUUGUCAAACUGACCAUGAUUCUGUGUGAGAGCAUGCUUUUGUUGAUUGACCAUAACAAGUUGACGGCAGUGCGUUUUCAUAUAUUAUAGAAUAUAGACUAUAUAGAGAACGAGAAAAGUAUUUUGUUGGAUGCAUGAUGUACAAUUUAGUUAUAAUUAAUUUAAAAGAGAAAUGACUAAAUUGUAAUUUUCUUUUAGCAAAUCCUGACAUGAUUUCAGGAUUUCAUUAAAUGAAAUGUCUUCAA